AUGGCUCCUAGGAAAAAACCACCACCGACUUAUUCCGAGAUGUUUGGCGACGGUGUCAGAACAUCUUCUUCCGGCGGCCAAACAUCUUCUGAUACCAUUCCGGACUCUCAGACAUCUCAGAGAGUAUGGAGUCCUCCUCCUCCCGCACCUCAGAUGCCUCCACCUCCACCUCCUCCACCCGCAGCUCCGCAGCAGCCCGUCCCAGAGGCUGGUGUUCAUCUAGACUUCCGGGUGCCUCCUCAUGCACCAUACGCAAGAUAUACGGUGGAGGAUUUGCUUGCCCAGCCUGGACGGGAGGGUUUGGACGUUUUGGACCCCGAUAGACCGCCGGGCACUUAUUGGUUUGGAGCCAACAACCGUGUUUCCCGGAGCGUUUCACAGACGAUGAAGGGAUACUUCGACGGGGCUUAUCCAAACUGGGGCUUGACUCCAGAUCACGACAAGACCACUUGGUUUACCCAGUUUGCAAAAAGGUGGCACUGGUCUUUAGGCAUCACCGAAAGGGUGAAGAAGGAAUUCCAGGCAAAGGCGAAGACUCGCCUUACCAACACGGUCUCAGAUUGGAAGGACAAGUGGGAGAUCUACGGCUAUGACGGGAAGCCCACUGAGGUCGCAAAGGAUGUAUGGGAUGGCCUCAUCGCCUUUUGGAAGCAACCCAGCUCGAUCCGGAAGGCCAACUCCUGCUCCGCUUCCCGUAGGACCAAGGAUAAAGACGGAAAUUUGCCUAUGGUUCAUAGAACCGGGCAAAAACCUCAUGCCGGGAUCCGUCUCGAAGUUUUUGAGAAGACCAGAGUUUUGCCAUCUCUGUCCGACCUCUUCAAGAUGACUCACGCCACACCGGAAGGGAUUUUUGUUGAUCCUGCAUCCGAGAAGCUCUUCAACAGUGUUGCCUGCUCGGAUUGA